AUAACCUAAAGCUAAAGCUAGCUAAGCUUUAGUUCUUGUUCAGGAAAAGCUUUUCCUACAGAUUUGGACACGUAGACUGUCAAAUGUAAGCCACAUUAUCAUUAUCAGGCAAAAUGUCUACGAGGUCAGACACCCAUGGCAUGGCAGAGUCCACACUAGUUGACAACCUGAUUGAGGAUGAAGCCGAGAGGGAAAUUUUGCUGGCCAAGCCCACCUGUUUCGUCAUUUUUGGGAAACCAGGAGCAGGCAAAACUACCCUUGCCAAAAAGUUGGCCCAGUCUUGGAAAUGUGUUCUCCUUGAUGAUACAGAGAUGCUCAACAGCCUCAUAAAUAUUGAGGAGCAACCAGAAGAUCAGCCAGCUGCAAGUAAUCCACUACUGGAAACUCUCAGGGAAGGGAAAGCCAUUCCUGAGGAGAAGAUGGUCGAGUUGAUUGUGGAGAAACUGAACUCCACUGAAGUGAAGCACUGUGGAUAUGUGCUCAGCUGCUUGCCGUCCAUAUCAGAGGAGUACCUGAGUGUUCAGGAGCAGGUAGAGCUUAUCCGAAACCUGGACCUGCCUCCAGACGUCAUCAUUAACAUCAAGUGUCCAGACUGGGACCUGAUGCAGCGGGUGUCGGGCCAGCGGCAGCACCCCCUGACUGGACGCGUGUUCCAGAGGGAGCAGUGGGACCCCGACAAGAGGGUGCUCAAGAAGAGGCACAGCGACCAGGACGAAGAACCAGAGGAGGAGGAGGAGGAAAUCGCCGACGAGACUGAGGAGACAGAGGAUCGAGAGCUCCAUAAGGACAUGAUCACACACCUGGUUCGCGUUAAAGAAAACCACCCAGAGAACGUUUCUCACAAGAUGGUGCUCUACAAGGACACUGUGCUCAGACAACUGGAGGACUACAUGGCAGAUCAUGACCCUCUGUUCCUGUUUGAGUUGGAUGGGAAUCGAGAUCCUGAAGAGCUCUUUAAGUCAGUGAUCUCUCGUCUGGAGUGUAUGUCAUUGCGCCGUGCUGCAGUUCCUAUUCGUCUACUGCAAGCAGAGGAUGAUGUUCCUGAUGAGAUUGACACCGAAGAGUUGGUGCGUAGUGUCGCUGCCUCCAAGAUGGUGGCUCCAGGGGUGCGCUGGAGAAGGAGUCGCUGGGGUAGGAACUGUCCCGUCGCCCUCAAGGAGGGCCACAUUGUCAAGGGCAAACCAGAGUUCUCUGUGGGUUUCCAGGAUAAGAUCUACAUCCUCUCCAGUGAGGUUGCCCUGCACAAGUUCCUGACCAACCCGAGGCCCUUCCUGCUGCCGCCCAUGCCCCAGCCUCCCUGCAAGGUGUCCGUGAUCGGACAGCCGUGCACGGGCAAGACCACGCUGUGCCAAGACCUGGCCAACCACUACGGGGCUGUCGUCAUCGACAUGGAGGCACUGAUGGAGCCCGUCAUCGUCGCCAUGAAGAAGGAGAUGCUGGACAAGCUCAAGCAUGACACCACGGUAGCUGCUAUGGAGAAGAUUAAAGUGAAGAGAGAAGUGGAUCACAUGUUUGACAAAGAAAAAGAGAAGGCAAAAGAUGGUGAGCAGUCCAAUGAGGAUGGUAAAGACACAGCUGAAUCAGAAGAUCCUUCACCAACAGAUAAGGCCUUACGUGACAAGAGCAGUGAUGUGGCAGAGGAGGUAACAGAGGACCACCCAGAGGUGCAGGCUAUCGUCAGGGAGACCCUGAAGGAGGCGGAAAAGAGCAGCGUCAAGGCCCCACUUGACCUCUAUGUGGAAGUUUUACAGAAACGCAUCCAAGAGAUUGAGGCUGAGGACGCGGACAAGGAGAUCAAGCGGGGAUGGGUUCUGGACAACUUCCCCCGGACACGGACCCAACUGGCCUCGUUACAGGAAAUGCAGGGCGGGCUUAUGCCCGACAUCCUCUUCUGUCUGAUGCAGUCGGACGACGCAGACCGAAAGACCAUCCUGACCAGACUGUACCUGCGCAACAAGGAGGCGGUGGAUGCCGCUGUGCUCAAGAGGCUUGAAGAGGCAGAGAGCCAAAGCCAGCAGUCUCAGAAUGCUCUACAGCAGAUGCAGGAGUCAGAGGAUGAAUCCAAAACAGCGGACACCAAACUAGAGUCUGUUCCAGAGGAGCCUGAGGCCGAUGAGGCCCCAGUGAGCCAGACGGUGCAGGAGCAGCCCUUCCCGGAGGGCCCAGAGAUGGAGGUGUACAAGACGCAGCUGAGCAAGUUCGGCCUGGAGUGGGAGAGCAUGGAGUCGUCCAUCACCAGCCGCUACUCCGUCCUGCAGCUCCGGGGGCGCUCGCUCCAUCAGCUGCUGGAGGACAUGAUCGCACAGAUGGACCGGCCCUUUAAGCACGUGGCCUGGGAGCUGUCGGGUGUGGACCUGGAUGAGGAAGAGGAGGAUGCUCAGGCUCAGGCAGGCUCUGAGGAAGCUGACGAAGCUGAGGAAGAGGAGGAGGAGGGCUCUAAGCGUGUGCUGGGGGACACUCUGCACUUCUGUCCGGUGGCGCUGAAGAAGACCGGCUGCCUGGUGCCCUGCACGGACGAGUGCGCCGCCAAAUACCGCGACAAGGCCUACUACUUCUUCACUCCCGAGGCCCGCGACAAGUUCCUCAGCUGCCCCGAGGAGUACGUCUGCAGAACACAUCUCUUCAAGGCCCCAGCGCUGCGCCUCCUGGUGCUGGGGGCGCGCGGUGCGGGGAAGACGACCCAGGGGCGCUGGCUGGCCGAGCAGCUGGGCCUCUUCCACCUGCAGUUCCGCGAGUGCCUGCAGGAGCUUGUCCUGGCCAAGACGCAGCGGCGCGUGGACCGCACCGACGAGGCCGAGCCGCCCGAGGAGCCGCCCGAGGAGCUGCGCGACCUCCGGAGGCAGCUGGAGGAACUGCAGCAGGACCAGAGCUCGGCCGGUGGAGAGGCGGAGGCAGCGGUGGAGAUGGAGGCGGAGGGGGAUAGUUCUACACAGGAGGAGCCUGAGCCCGAGCUGACGGACGAGGAGGAGGCCAUCAAGGCGUACCUGCAGGAGGGAGCUCCUCUGCCUCAGGAGGUGCUGGAGAUGGUGCUGGUGCAGUGGUGGGAGCAGGAGCCCUACAGGUCGACGGGCUUCAUCCUGGAGGGUCUCCCCCAGAGUGCCGAGGAGGUGCACUUCCUGGCGGAGCGGCACCUGUUCCCCGACGCCGUGCUCGUCAUGUCGCUGGACGCGGGCGACGUGGUGCCCCGCCUCCUGCCCCCGCUGCUCGCCCGCUGGAAGGAGCGCCGCGCCCGCAGACGAGACAUGCAGCGCCAGGUCAAGGAGCUGCGCGCCAAGAUCAGGACGGAUGCCAUUGCUAAGAGGAGAGCUGAGCUCAUGGCGGAGCACGCGGAUAAAAGCCAGACCAUGUCCAGUCAGGUGCUGGAGGACCUGGACUCGGAGAGCAGGAAUGACAGGGAGGAGGACGACGUGGAGGACGAGUGGGAGCAGGACCUGGAGGCGCAGCUGCAGGAGGAGUUUCCCCCCGAGGAGGAGGACGACGACCCGAUGGAGGAGGAGGAGACGGAGGCCAGCGCCGUGGAGCGUCUACAGCAGGAGAUCAGAGACCGCUUCGACACGGACGACAACAACCUCUCCAUGAUAGGGGACCAGCUGGCUGAUAUCCAGAUUCCGCGGAUCACAGUGAACGCAGGCCGCAAGCCGCGGAUCGUGCGCUACCAGCUGCUGCAGAAGGCGCAGCCCCUGCUGCUCAACCGAGAAGCCCUGUUCCUGCGGGGGCAGCCAAUCAGCACCAGCCUCGCCAACAACCUGCUCCUCAACUGCUACAGAUACAGCAGCACCUUUGGCCGCUGGGACCCUGUUAAGUUUGCGGAGGGCGACCUGAUCCAGCCGAUGCAGGGUCCGUCCAACCCCAGCUACCCUGUGCUGCUCAACCAGUUCAUCUACUUCUUCUGCUCCAAAGCCACGCGCAACACCUUCCUCAAGAACCCGCUCAAGUACCUGCGCCAGCGGCCGCCCAACCCCUCGCUGCCCAUCAAACUGGCCGUCAUCGGCCCGCCCAAGUCAGGAAAGACCACAGUGGCGAACACGUUUGUGCGUGAGUACGGCAUGGUGCGCCUGUCCCUGGGCUCGGUGAUGCGGAGCGUGUUGGCCGGGCAGCCCCACAGCGAGCUGGCCACGCACAUGCUGGAGCACCUGAAGCAGGGAGGCACGGUGCCCGACCAACUGGCCAUCCAGUGCCUGGAGGUGGCCCUCAUGGACCUCACCUGUAGCACCCGCGGGUACGUGCUGGAUGGUUUUCCUGUGAACAAGCAGCAGGCUCUCCUGAUGGAGGAGCGUGGCAUCAUCCCCAUGCUGGUGGUGGAGCUGGAGCUGGAGACUGUGGACGUGCUCAAGAGGGCCUUGAAAGACAAGUUAAAGCAAACCAGACCCUACCCUGAGCACAACAGUGCCUCCAUCCUGGCGGUGCGCUGCUCCUGUUACAGGCAGGAGGGGGAGGCUGUGCGGCAGCACUACCAGCUCCAGCGCCACAACUGGCUCUCGCUGGACGCCCGGCACAGCAAGUGGCGGCUGUGGACCCACGUGCUGGACCACACGCGCCUCUGCAUGACCAGCAUACACACCUACAUGGAGCGCAUACACCACGGCAAGGCGGCAAGUAUCGCCCACCUGUGUGUCUCUCCCCGGGAGUUGCAGGCUCGCCUUGGGGAGUUUGGACAGUACUGCCCAGUGAGCCUGGCUCAACAGCGACACCUGGUGGACUGCUCACAGACCAGCUCCUUGGAGCUGGCUGCAGAGUACCGUGGUCACUACUACAAGAUGGCCACAAAAGAGUGCCUGCAGAAAUUCCUUGAAGCUCCAGAGCGCUUUGUGAUUCCCGGUUGCCCAUACUCCCUCCCCCCUCCCCACCUGUUGCCACGGAAACUGACUGUGGCACAGGUGAAGAGUCGGUUCCCCCAGCAGGUGGAGCUGAAGGGCUAUUGCCCCGUUACCUACGGCGAUGGGAAGCAGAGGUACGAGGCGCUGGUCAGGGGGAACAUGGAGUUUGCCGUGGAGUACCGGGAGAAGAUGUACAGCUGCGAGAGAGAGGAGAAACAGGAGAGGUUCCUUAGGAUGCCUGAGUUGUACUGGGAUCAGAAGCUUCCCCAUAAGCUGCCUCCACUAGGAGAGCCCGUCCAGCUCACCUCUCUGCCCAUGCUGGGCUACCUGGAGCAGGGUGUGGCAAGAUCCAUCAUUAAAGCGAUGACUUCAGUUGGCUGUACGAAGCCCAAGUUCCCCUUUUUGAGUGUGAAGAAAUCUGCUCUGCUGUAUGUGGCCUUUUACCUCAAAGCUUUUAACCCACGUCUCUCUGACUACACCUGUAAAAAGUACAAGCGUCAGCUGGCCCAGUUCGAGGAAAACUGUGAGCUCAUCACCUACCUGGGCUCCACCAUGACAGUGAAGUACCGGGAGCCGCAGCAGCAGCCCAUUGACUUUGAAUAUAAACUGCAGCGCUUCCUGGCUCUGGGGACUUGCUGUGGACUAACUCAGCUGUCUGGAAGAUAAAAAAAAGAAAGCAUUUAAAGACUGCACAUGCACACAUGCAAUAGAAUGGUUUGUUUUUUGUUGUUCCCUAAAGAUUUUUUUUGUCUGACAUGUGGUCCUCAUAACUUUCUAUUUCCUGUAUGGAUUAAAGGAAUUGUAGCCUACAA